UUUUUUUUUCUCCUUUUUUUUUUUUUUUUUUUUUUUUUUUCUUUUUCUUUUUCUUUUUUUUUUUCUUUUUCUUUUUCUUUUUCUUGGUAACUCAAUCGACCAUUCCUUAUUUUCUAUUUUUAUUUCUCCUUUUUGUUUCUCUUUAUUCAACAUAUGGAACUUAGUGUUAUCAAGAAAAAACGAAAAGUCAGUUGUUUAUAUUGUCGAUCAAAGAAACUCAAAUGUGAUGGCAAGUUACCAUGUGCAAGAUGUAUCAAGAAAGAUAGUAGUGAUAAGUGUGCCUAUGGCGAACAAAGACCUCUUGGUCGUCCUCCAAAGAAUGCAGUAGUGAAUAAACUGACUCUCAAUCAGACUAAGCAAUUUACACAACAUCUUUAUAACGACUUUAUCAUUGAAAACGUGACAUAUACGAUUCCAAACAGCACUCGAUUCAUUCGAAGCGACAAAACAAGGACCUUACAUUACUUUUUGGACUCCCACUUCUCUCAAGCCAUAGGGAUCGCAGUGAAUGAAUUAGCCAUUGUUCGAUAUAACAAUAAUCCUUGCCUAGUCGUGGACGUCAAAAUUUACGAUAUUCUGGACAUACACACUUGGACUGCUGUGGAAUUUGUCAAUAGAUUCUGCAGCAAAAUCAGUUCGAUAUCUAUAGAAGGUGCCUUCGAUUAUGAACAUACUGUGGCUGCAUUAUUUCAGGACCUUGCCUUCAAGUUCUUGAUAGAACCUCCUUCAACACCACCUUUAACCAAUCCACUUCUAACUCUCUCAACACAACAAGCCAUACGACUUAUCGAAUUAUUUUUUACAGCUCAUCCAUGCUCACAUUUCCUCAACAAGACAUUACUAUUACAAGCUUUUUGGACUGAUGCAGUGGAUCCUUUAUUAUUGUGCGUAAUUUAUGGAACUGCGAUCUAUUUUGGAAAGACGAUGGAAGGCAAACCUAUUGGAAUCAGAGAUGCUGUAGAUGGAACCGUUCGAAACGUGUUUUUGGAUUAUGCUUAUUAUCUGCUACAGAAAUCAUCGGAUGAACCUAAUGUGGCCAAGUAUCAAGCUGUCUCCUUACUCUGUAGGUUUGAAGGUACUCAUGGUUAUCCAAAACGAGGAAUGUCCAUGUUGGGUUUGGCACAUAUGAUGGAAUCAAAACUUGGUCUUACGGAUGGGUCUCUUCUCUCGACAGAAAUAAGUGAUGUGGAAGCGGAAUUGAUGAUCAAUGUUUACUGGGCAAACUUCAUUGUUAUGGUUUAUCUCUGUACCGAAGGUAAUAAAAUUUUAUGAAGAAAACGAUUAUUUCCUUUUACUUACCUUUUUUUUUUUUUUGGUUCAUCUACUAUAGUAGGCCAUCCAGCUAAGUUUACCAACAAUAUUUUACCUCCACCAUUACCACCUACCAGUAUUCAAAAAUCACUCUCGUAUCAACUUGAUAUAUCCAACGGUAAUCAACGUCACUAUCA